CAAAACUCAAAAAGCAAACAAAACAAACGGCAGCUGGGUCAUGGUCACCAGCUCACCAUGACGGCGAACAAGAAGCCCUCGCGUGGUGCCGUCGCGGCGCCCACCACGCCGCUCUCCCCUGUUUCCUCCUCCUCCUCGACGUCCUGCGGGGGCUCCCGCAUUGUGCCGUCCUGCCCAGCGCGGAGCCACAAGAAGAAGGCGAGGGCCAGGAGCGGCAUCGGCGACGCCGUCCUUGUACACUCGAUGAGGGGAUCGUCUGUCUACAGAGGCGUGAGCAGGCACCGGUCCUCGGGGAAGUACGAGGCGCAUCUGUGGGACAAGAGAGUCCGGGACAGGAGAGGCAGGCAGGUUUAUUUGGGAUCUUAUCACACGGAGGAAGCCGCAGCCCGCACCUACGAUCUCGCGGCGCUCAAGUACUGGGGAUCACACUGCGGGCUGCUCAACUUCCCGGUGGACACGUACAAGCAGGAGUGUGAGAAGAUGCAGCGCAUGACGAGAGAGGAGUACAUCGCCAGCCUGAGGCGCGUGAGCAGUGGCUUCACCAGGGGCGUCUCCAAGUACAGGGGAGUGGCAAAGCAUCACCAGAACGGGCGGUGGGAGGCGAGGAUAGGUUACGCUAACGGCAGGAAAUACCUCUACUUGGGAACAUUCGGAACGCAGGAAGAGGCAGCCAGGGCCUACGACCUGGCGGCGAUACAGCGGCGCGGCCUCGGCGCCGUCACCAACUUCGACGCCCGCUGCUACACGGACGAACACCUGCAGUCGCAGCCGCGACCCUGCAGCUGCAAGGCCGAGCCCGACCCGGAGCCGGAGCCGGAGCCGGCAGCAGCGGCUCGUCCAUGCCCCGCGGCGCCGCUGCCGCUGCUGCAGCUGAAGAUCGAGCCCGGGCUUGAUGAUGUCGAGCCCGCGGCCCCGGCGCUCCGCGGCGACAUGGAGCGCGAGGACGUGGACCGGGCCAUCGCCGAGGUCCUGCGGGCGCUCUGCGUGGACCGCGCCGACUUCGAGGCCCGGUACCCGCCCCGCCGCGGCGGCGUGAUCUGGACCUCGGCGCCGGACGACGUGCGUGACCUGCCGGGCCACGUCGGCUUCGAGGACGACAUUGAAGGCGUGCUCUUCGACGACGCGGCCAACGCGGCUUUCUCCGUCUCCUGCGCUGCCGCCACUAUCAGCUCCUUGGCGUCCGGCCGCCGGCGGUGUGUGACGGACGUGCAUGAACACUCGCGCAGGCUUCCGUGUCCUGCCGUGUCUGCUCAGCCUUGUAAGUACUCCGAGCUAGCUUAG